UUUGUGACGUUGUUGCUGUGAACACGUCAACGUUGUUAGAAAAUCAUUUGCUGUUGCGCUCGUGAAACACUUUCACCAAAGAUUUAUUGAAGAAAAGUGAUAUUACAUUUAAUUAAACUAAAUAACACUUACCAAAAUGCUGUACCUUGAAGAUUAUUUGGAAAUGAUAGAGCAUCUACCUCAAGAGUUACGGGACAGGUUCACGGAAAUGCGCGAGAUGGAUUUAUCGGUGCAAAAUAAUAUGGAUACCCUUGAGAAAAGAGUACGCACUCUGUUCGGAGGUUGUCGUCGUGGUGACAUCAACAAAGACCACGCUGAUACUGAAUUUAGCGAUAUUAAACGUUGCUAUGGCAAGACUUUGGAAGAGGCUGAUGAGAAAGUUGCUCUUGCUAAUCAGAUGUCUGAAUUAGUCGACCGGUAUUUGAGAAGACUGGACACAGAGCUGCACAAGUUCAAGUGUGAGCUUGAGGCUGAUAAUAAGGGGAUAACAGAGUUGCUUGAAAAGCGUUCGUUGGAACUGGAUGUCAACACCAACCAUACAAGUGCAUCCAAUAAUAACCAUUAUAAUAAGGAGAAUAGGUACCGUAUACGCACGGAGAAGCGGCGUGACAGUUGGGCCACGCGGGACUCUAGAGCCCACGCGGCGGCUUCGAAUCUGUCCCGGACUGAUUCGGCUAUACAGGCCGCCUUGGGUCGCGACUCCUAUAAUCUCAGCCCAAGUGGCGCUAUUGCCGUGGCUGUCACUCAAGCGAUAGCCGCCACACAGCAGAUGGCACAGGGACGUCGCUCUGUAUCGAUGAAGGCUUCGUACGAUGCCCUGGCGAGCGGCGAGCUGUCGCACCAUACCAUCCAGCAAGCACAUCAUACACAACACGAUCAUGGUGGUCUGUCUUCGAGCCACGGCCAAACAAGUAGUGUGCACGGACAUCACACCACAUCUCAUGGUCACAGCAGCACAUCCGCUUCCAACAAACGUCAUAACAAACAGAAGAAAACAAGUUACGGGUCGGCGUCGAGCGUGUCUUCGCACACGCAGCAGACGAUGUCGGCGGCUGCCAGCCGCUCGUCCUCGCCCACUGUCGUGCUGAACACUAGCAUAGUGAAUAACGUCAGCAUGGAGGAGCCGAUGGAGGAAGAAUGGACCUACGACCCCAACGAGCCCCGCUACUGCAUCUGCAACCAGGUGUCUUACGGAGACAUGGUCGCUUGUGAUAAUCAAGACUGCCCCUACGAGUGGUUCCAUUACCCAUGUGUUGGGAUCACAGCCCCACCGAAAGGCAAAUGGUAUUGCCCUCAAUGCCAAACCAACAUGCGCCGCAACCGUGCCCACCGCAAGAAUUAAAUACCUCUGUUGUAUUUUAUUUUAUAUUUACGGUAUAAAAGUCUACUCAAGUAUUGCUGUAUUACUCAUUCAUUCAAAUAAACGAUUCCUUAAUGUA